AUGGCUGUGCCUGUGCCGCCUUUAAACGAUUUGCCGGUGGGUUACCGAUUCAGUCCUAAAGACGAAGAACUCAUCAAUCACUUUUUACGACUGAAGAUCAACGGUUAUGAGAAUGCAGACAGCGUUAUCCGUGAGGUUGAUGUCUGUAAAUGUGAACCUUGGGACUUACCUGAUAAGUCGAUAGUAGAAACGAUCGAUAAUGAGUGGUUCUUCUUCUGUCCGAAGGAUAGGAAGCAUCAGAAUGGACGGAGAUUGAACAGAGCCACGGUGGCAGGGUUCUGGAAGGCGACUGGUAAAGACAGGGUAAUCAAGUCUGGUAGAGUGAAGAUUGGCUUGAAGAAAACUCUGGUCUUCUACACUGGGCGUGCUCCCAACGGAAAGAGGACUAAUUGGUUAAUGCACGAAUACCGUGCCACUGAUAAGGCACUCGAUGGCACCCACCCUGGACAGGGUGCAUUUGUACUCUGUCGUCUAUUUAAGAAGACAGACGAAACUGUUGAAGAUUCCAACUGUGAGGACGUUGAACAGAUUGUUUCUUCUCCUUCAGUAGUUAUAUCUCCCCCUGGAGAUAUACACCCAGAGCCAGUGACUCCAGUGCCGGGUAGAGAAGCUGAAAAGCAUCCUUCAAUCAUUGAAAAUACAAUACCGGAUGCUUCUUUACCUAUUGAAUGGCAAAGUAAUAGUGCUGAUGAUGCAGCAUACCCCGUGUUAGACACAACAUCCCUCCCGCCGGACACGGAGCUGGAAAAAUUGUUGGAAGAUUUUUACCCUACGCCAGAACCAGUCUCUUUCCCAUUUCCCACGCAGAUGCAGGUGGAGCAUGGAUCUUCUGACUUAGGUGGUCUGUUUACUGGUGACAUUGGCAAUAACAAUAACUUGAUGCAGUUUCUAGACGGCGCAAAUACACUAGAUGAUAUUAACGAGUUCUUGAACUCAGCCCUACUUUGCUCAGACGAGCAUUUCGGUGGAGAUGCUGGCAGUAAUAGGAUUUCAACUGUUGAAACUGAGACCUCCAAGAACAUUAACAGAUUAGAGGAUGGUUCAAUUAAGCACAGUGGAUCAUGCAGCAACUCUGACGCGGAAGGACAGAUUGAGCCAGGCUUUUAUAACGCUGAGUUGCAAGCAGAAAAUGUUGAGCGGGAGGUUAUUUCACAGAUAGAUACAGCUUCGGGACCUUACUGGGCACAAGAUAUAUUGAAUGAUGAUCACAUCAGAAACAUUAGUUUCCUGCCACACAAUUAUAUUUCUGAGGCAAAUUCUUUCUCUGGUGUAUCUUCUGGCGAUCAAAUCUCCAGUUUGGUCAAUAUUGGAGAACCAAGCAGUCAGAGCUACACAGUCUGCAGUGACGAUACAUUUGAAACUGGCAUUAAGAGGAGGACUCGCCAGCCACAAGCUCAACCAAGUUCACAGGACUUUGCAACUCAUGGAACUGCUCGAAGAAGAAUUCGUUUUCAGAUGAAACUUCAAGUUGGACCGGUUCAAUGCAGUCUGCCUAGGGAUUUGAGUUCCUGUGAAGAAAGGCCUGAAGUAAAACCACCAGGGGCUGAGGAUGAAGAAGCUAACGAGAAGCCUACUUCUGCUACCUCUAGUGCUUCUGCUAUCACAGAUGAGACUGAGGAUAUAUUCCUGUCUGAAUCGAAUAACGAUGGUAAGAAGGUUGCCCAGGAUUUGAGCACAAAUGUGAAGUCUGAAGGUGAUUUUCCAACAAGCGGCCGCAAAAAGGUUCCCUCUGUGUACUCGAAGACUGCAGCAUUCCACUCAAUUUUAUCAUCUCUGUAUAUGCCUAGGGUACUUUUGGCUUUGGUUUUGUUCAUAGCCUUCAUUGGCACAUGGGGAUCAUUUAGAAUUUGAAGUUGCUUAGAGAAAGAGAGUUUUUUUUUUUGUGUGUAUAUGUAAACCCUGAUUAAUGUUUUUAUUGGAGAUUAGGUUAACACGGAUACAUUGUUGGGUCUGUUGAUAUUUUAUAUGCGUAUCUAUCAGCUUACGAAGGGGACUUGGGUUAAAUUUUGGAGUCUGAUUAUGUAAUGUACAAUAACACUUGCCUGAUGUCUGUGUAUAGUAUAUUAUGU